AUGAAGGUCGUAAUCAUAGGUGCUGGGCCUAGUGGACUGGUCACUGCCAAAUCUUUGCUCGAAAAUGCCGACGCCAACUUUCCUUUCGAUCCUAUUAUCCUCGAACAAGAACAUGAUAUUGGAGGAACGUUCAGAUACCGCACAUACGAAAACGCCAGUCUAGUCUCGUCCAAGCAGCUCACGAGUUUUUCCGACUUUCGACUUCCCCUGUCCCAUCCUGAUCAUUUAACCACCGAAGCAUAUGUUUAUUAUCUACGGGCUUAUAUAGACCAUUUCAAUCUCAAUGACAGAAUUCACCUCAAUACCAAGGUCAUCAAUGUUGCGCGACAGCCCGAGGGGGGGCACGUAGUCUCUUAUGUAACCAGAGAUUCGAAGGACUCUGAAUGGGGCUCUGAGGUCGCCACUGUUUAUGCACCAUACAUUGCCGUCUGUACUGGAUUGCAUGUUGUCCCGUGGAUCCCGUCCGUACCAGGUAUUGAGCAUGUCGUUGCUGCGAACGGGCAUAUCGAAAACCCCGUGUUCCACUCUUUUGAAUACAAAAAGCGCGCUCAACUCAAGGGUAAACGCAUCAUGAUCUUGGGGACGGGGGAAACUGGUACGGAUAUUGCGUAUGAAGCUGCAAAAGCUGGAGCAAAAGAAGUCGUCCUAUGUUCUCGUGCUGGGUUCUUAUCGUUCCCAAAGCAGUUGAACGAUUUUGAAGUAUUCGGAUACAAAUCUGAUAAAGGGCCAGGGAUACCAUUGGACUCACUGAUUACCAAUCUCGCGGAGUCUGCCUAUGUGCAUCCAUGGGUAGAAGGUUCUCAUAUUCGUUGGUUUAUAUCUGAUUUUGUCAUCAAACGGCUCAUAUGGGUUUUAACUGGUACUCAAGCUGGUUGUAAUCAAUGGGUGGGCGAACUCGAACCCGAGAGACUAGGAAGAGCUUAUGUGUUUCUGAACAAGUCUCAAAAAGCCAUGCCCUACAUCAAUCGCCCCUACCGAAAUCGACCCAAAUUUCUUGACUACAUUGCUCGCUACAUCGACCCACCAGAAGAUUCCCCACCUCAGACUGAUUUUGCUGUUGACCUCGCGCCCUUCCCUACACACUUCCUUCCGAACGGACGCGCUGUCUUCGCACCGAGCAAACGCAAAGAUUAUAUUCGGAUGAAAGACCGCGACGUGCGUCCAGAGUUGGUCAUCUACGCUACGGGAUACAAGCAGGAAUUUGGGUUCUUGGAUAAAGAGAGCGGAUAUCCAACUCCAGAUGAAGCGAAUGUCCGGAAUGUGGUCAAGGAGGGAGAUGAAAGCGUUGGAUUUAUUGGGUUCGUGCGACCUGGUGUUGGAGCUAUACCGCCCAUAGCCGAAAUGCAAUCCUUUUUCUGGAUAUCAUUACUGAAAGGUAAAGUACGGCAACCGAUGCCGCCCCCUCGCUAUCACCUCCUCGUGAAAGAGACCGCGCGAAUCAAAUACGGUGUCGACCAUUCUACGUACAUGAGUACGUUGGCAAAGGAUAUCGGGGCCGCACCGGGUCUUUGGGAGCUUUGGAGAGAAUACGGGACUCAUGUCUUGAUAUGCUACUGCUUUGGUGCUGCUUUCACAACUUUCUACCGUCUGGUUGGACCGUACAAAUCUGCGAGUGCUCCAGAAAUCAUUAAAACCGAGCUUUGGGACACCAUACUUCGGAGAGGUUUUCUAGGGAAUUUAAUCAUGGGUGUAAUCCCAAUGGUUUUCUACUUGUCGCUCAACGGUAUCGCUUUUUCUUUGGGUAUUGCGUGGACUAUGGUUGGAGGGAGAGUAGAAUGA